AAAAAUAUGAAGAAGGCCCACAAUGGUCCAAAUACAGAAACAUGGAUGUGUGCUGUUAGCAUCUCUUUUCUCUCUUUACAGUGCAGUUCAUGAUACAGAGAUUCACUCCAAACAGAACCUCCCUUCAGAUCAACGCAACAGAAGAAGAUGUUCAAAAAAUUUUCAGGUGAAGAGGUUUCUGCGCAGAAUCAAGUGAAGGCGUCUGUUCAACGAAGAAUACGGCAAAGCAUCGCGGAAGAGUACCCAGGUCUUGAACCAGUGUUGGAUGAUAUACUCCCUAAGAAGUCUCCUCUUAUAGUUGCUAAAUGUCAGAACCAUCUCAAUCUUGUUCUGGUGAACAAUGUGCCUUUGUUUUUCAGUAUCCGGGAUGGACCAUACAUGCCCACGUUGCGACUUCUCCAUCAAUAUCCAGAUAUAAUGAAGAAAUUACAAGUUGACCGUGGUGCAAUAAGAUUUGUCUUGGCUGGUGCAAACAUAAUGUGUCCUGGUCUUACAUCUCCUGGAGGUGUUUUGGAUGAGGAAGUGGGGGCAGAAUGUCCUGUGGCCAUCAUGGCUGAAGGAAAACAGCAUGCUCUUGCUAUUGGCUUUACGAAAAUGUCAGCAAAAGACAUAAAAGCAAUCAACAAGGGAAUUGGGGUCGACAACUUGCAUUAUCUCAAUGAUGGUCUUUGGAAGAUGGAGCAACUUGAUUGAAGAUGUUGGAAGAGCUACAAUGCCUAUUAAUGAUGAAUUCCUGUUGUCUAGACCUUGGUCCAGAUUUAGGGAUCAUUGUGGUGCUUUAUUUUCUCAUACCCUUGUAAUCAUCAGUAAAGAAAUGGAUUGUUAUACAAAUUGCUGCUCUCUUGGUAAUCAUGUAGAUUUUAUGUAACUUAUGGAGUACACUAUGCAUGUUGACAAAUACAAAGUUUUGUUCAUUUAAGGACUCCAAUUGAAUGUCGGAUCCACGCAAGUAAAUUCAUUAUGUUUGGAAA